CGAAGGAAUCACCUUGUGGCUUGUGUCGCCGCCGCUCUCUGCGCCUCCCCUACGCCAGCCUCUAUAUUUAGGCUGCUUGUUGUGGCGCUGGUCAGCUGGGACCUUCAGCAGGACACGCCUCUGGAUUGAAUGGAGCGCACCGUGCGUAAACUCCAGACCGCAGCAGAUCCAAACUUUGUCGCUUCUUUUGGGUGUCGAUUGGUUUUGGUAUCGGCAUUAGUUCGUCGGAGACUAUAAAUGCAGCGAUGACUCGAGAGGAGGACCUGAUCCGGAUCGCCAAAAAGCUAGACAAGAUGGUGUCUACAAAUAACACGGAGGGUGCCAUCGACCUGCUGAAGGAGUUGAAAGGCUUCAAUAUGACACUGAAGCUUCUCCAGGAAACAAGAAUUGGCAUGUCUGUGAACAACAUCAGGAAGCACUGCAGAGACGAAGAAGUCAUCUCUUUGGCAAAAGUCCUUAUUAAAGAAUGGAAGAGACUUCUGGACUCUGGAAAUUCUCACUCUGAGAAAGUUGACGAACUGAAGAAUGGUUUGGACGCCAGGAAACCUGCAGCAGCUACAAACAGCUCCUCCUCAGAGCCACAGAGCAGUCACAGUAGGCAGGAGGCCAAACUGAAACAUGGAUCAGAUUCUGACAAAAGCAGGAAUGAAAAACAGAACGACAACCACAUAAACAAAAAGAGGCAUGCGGACGAUCCCGGGGUGGAUGGAAAACACCUCGAAGGGCACCAAAGUGAGAAACACCUUCAAGAAAUCAGAGCAGAGAAACAAACACCUGCAGCGAAUCCCCAACCGGAAUCAGAUAACAAGAAACAGAGGCACGCAGCAGACCUGCAGAGUGGAAAACACAAGUCGGACCCAGUCAAGCACAGAUCGCUGGAGGAUUUGAAGAAGACGAGAAACGCAGAGCUGAUAACGAAAGAGAAACCUCCCGAGGAGCCUAGGAGAUACGCAGACGACGGGAAGCAGGAUAAAAGCAGAGCGGAAGGCAGACACGAGUGGCCUGUCGGCACACCUCAGAGAGGGAAGCCCGCUGAAGCUCACAAGCUAAUCUUUGAAAGGAGAGGAGUGCUGGACAGCAGCGUACUGUACCCCACCCGCUUCCCCUCCCCACCUCGACCCGCUCGGCCUCUUCUGCCCGUCAAACGUCCGUCUCUGGACUCGAAAAAAGACACCAGGCUCUUGGCUCCUCACACGUCCCGACACCAGCCCUCACAGUUGUACACCUGGAGGCUCUGCUGUGCGUGGUGCAUGCCGCGGAAGGACGGUAAAGAGUCUUCCUCUCGACACCCUCACUCUCAACCGGCCUCUCCGCCGCCAAAACGACCCGCGGCGGAAGUCAAGAAAGAGAGGAAGGUUCCACCGGACCCAAAUGCUCCGAUAGCUCCUCUUCCUCUCCACCUCCAUCCUCCUCCGUUGAGAAAAGAGCCUCCUGAUCCCAACGCGCCCCUUCUUCCGCUCCCGCUCCACCUCCACCCUCCCGCUGCUCCUCUGAAGCGCCCCUCUGUGGACGGGGGCAAGGACAGAGAGAGGUCUGGGCCAGAUGUUACUGCCUUGACGUACCAGAGUGAAACAAUCAAGGACGACACAGUACAAUUCAACACAGAGUUUCCCUCUUUGAAAGAUUCAGAUGAUGGCAAAGCAUCUAAGAAACUGUCAGAUGACGCCAAGAGAGAAAGGAAAGAUUCUUCUGACUCUAAACUACACUCUACCAAAAAGCCCGCCAUCGAGGCCAAAAAAGAAAAGCACAGGAAGGAUUCCAGUGAACUGAAGCCAAGCCAAUCUGCGAAAGGCCAUUCCACUGACUCCAAAUCCGUCAGACGCGAGUCCACCGAUUCAAAGAGAAGCAGCUCACCUCCAGCAAAGAAGAUAUCAAGUGAAAGGAGAGAGUCUUUAGGCUCGAAGCCUCUUGGACAACCACAGAGGAAACCGUCUACUGACAGCCUGGAAAGGAAGGGUAAAACCGAAACGCCCAGAACUCCCACCACCCCAACCAGUCCGCUGUCACCCAGCUUCAGCUCUCCGGGGGGUCCUCUGUCCCCUCACCUGGCUACUGGAGACUCUGUUAGAGACAAGUGCAUUGAGAUGCUGGCAGCUGCCCUGCGGACAGACAAUGACUACAAAGACUUUGGAGCAAACUGUGACGGCAUGGCAGCAGAGAUUGAGGAUCAUAUCUACCAGGAGAUCAGGGCCACAGAUAUGAAGUACAAGAACCGAGUCCGGAGUCGCAUCAGCAACCUGAAGGACCCCAAGAACCCGGGACUUCGCAGAAACGUCCUGGCUGGCAGCAUCGAGUUGAGCCGCAUCGCCAGCAUGUCCGCUGAGGAAAUGGCCAGUGAUGAGCUGAAGCAGCUGAGGAACGUCCUAACCCAGGAGGCCAUCAGGGAGCACCAGAUGGCCAAAACCGGUGGGACCACCACAGACCUGCUGCAGUGCGGCAAAUGCAAGAAGAAGAACUGCACCUACAAUCAGGUCCAGACCCGCAGCGCUGAUGAGCCGAUGACCACAUUUGUCCUCUGCAAUGAGUGUGGCAACCGCUGGAAGUUCUGCUGAUGCCUUCAGAGGUGAAGCUAUUCCUUUCAGAGACCCUGUAUUGCCCCUGAAUUGCUUCUUGCCCACAACUGGACGAGAAAAAGUUAGGGAACCACUGUAGAUGAUGAAUUCAACAAAAAAACGUUGUUCUUCCAAUUCUUACUUGAGAUUUUUUUUUAGAUUUAUGAGCAUGGAUACAUAAAGAUGGAAUACAGUGGAUUGGACUACGGCUUAAUCACGAAAUCCACAUGGUUGUAAAUGAAUAGUAAUUAGGAUCUUGGACCUAAUUAACAAGACACGUUAAUCUCUUUAACAUGCCAUGCAAUACAAUAGCCGUUUAUUUUGUUUAUACAUAUAUCUUCCAAUAAAACCACAUAAAUAAAAA